UUUUGGAAGACUGCCAUGAGCCCAGAAGAUUUAGCCCACAUCACUGGCCAUCACAAUGAAGAGAUGAAAAGGACAAAGCACAGAGUAGACAACAAAGGAGGGAAAUCCGCUCAUCAAUGUGCUACCAAAAAAAGAGACAAAAAUUCUCCAAGUCAGAACAUCAACACCAAAGGAGCAACAACAGAGUCGAAACAAUCAGAAAAAAGGAACCAAAAACCUGGAAAGAAACAGACCGGAAAGAAUGGGAAAGAGACGGCGAAGAAAACUUCCAACAGCACAGUGUACCCCCCAGUGGGAGCCAAGAGCCCCCCAAAUGUUCCACACCACCUGGAUGUGCCCCACAGAUCCGACAGGAAGCUCUACCUGGGCAAGUCCUCUACUCUUCCCACACAGGAAAACGCAAACGCAUGCCGCUGUAUCGAUAUGAUCAGCCUGCCUGGUGGUGCAACACCCACUCACUACCACAACCACAACCCAAACCAGCGCUGGAGCAACCCAGCUGACAACAGCGUCUCCUGGGGCAACAUCCAGCACAAUUGCCGAAGGCCGCUCACGGAGUACCGCGUGUGCUCCAGCGACUUCAACCUUCCUCGCCAAAAGGAGAUGAAACAGCACGAGGGCAAAGGUGACAGCUUGGAUCUGAAUUGUACAGCCCAGAUUCCCCCAAAAGUGACGGUGUCCGUCACCGACUUGGAUCUGUCAGAACCCGACCGUUCCACAAGCUUUGGGAAGUUUGAGAGUCUCAGACCUAAUCCAUCUCCAGCCAAAGCUGAGGAGCAUGGAACAGAUGUGCUCCCUGAAGAAAGUGAGAGCUUGGAGGCAAACAAGUCAGCUGGAAUCGGGAAGAAAAUGAAAGCCAUUUCACUGACCAUGCGCAGAAAAAUGGGCAAAAAACAUAUCAAGUCGUUGUCUGAAGAGAUGGGCGACGACGCAGAGACAGAGACGACACCUGCAACUGAAAAAAGCUCCACAAGAGCCAGUAACUCUUUGGAGAGUCUUUACAGCGGCCUAAGUUCCUCAAGUGGUGUAACCAGUGAGUCCAAUGGUUCCGGUCAGAGGGACAGUUUGAAGUUGGAGGAGGACGGUUCCUAUCGGGGUCAAUUCUGUGGCAGAGCCCGUGUCCACGCGGAUUUUGUCCCCAGCCCGUAUGACACAGACUCCCUCAAACUUAAGGCUGGUGACAUUAUCAACAUUAUCAGUAAGCCUCCAAUGGGCAUCUGGACGGGUAUGCUCAACAACAAGGUGGGGAACUUUAAAUUCAUCUAUGUGGACGUUUUGGUGGAGGAGGAGGAAAAACAAGAGAGAGAUAAUGACGAUGAUGAUCGUCAUCAUCACGACGGCGACGACGAAGCUCCCAAGGUACGACAACAGAAGCUAUGCAAAAGACCUCGACCCAAAACGUUGCUGGAGCUGCUGGAGCGACUCAAUCUAGAGGAGUACGCGUCUGCCCUGCUGCUCAACGGUUACCAGACGGUGGAGGACCUCAUCCACCUGGAAGAGAAACACCUCAUCGAGCUCAACGUCAAAGACCCCGAGCACAGACGCAAGCUGCUCGCUGCCUCCCAGUGUCACUACUCAGAAGGUGAUGAUGCGAGGGAUGUGGAUGAGAGCAAAUCAUCUGGUGGGCCACAGGAAGAAGACAGCGACUGUCCAAGGGACUCAGGCUGCUUCAUCCCGUCUGAGUGCUCAGACAGCAAGGAUGACACAGAGCAGCUCGCAGACGUCGUGGCUUCCUAACAUUGUUCUCAGAUGCAUACUGUCCUUCAAAAAAUCAAAGCCCUCCUUGAUAUUUGCAAACGGUUGACUUGGGGUGCUGGCCUGACCAGCAUUUUGUCACAUUUUCAGCGAUAAUCAACGUGUAAUUCUGAUUUCUAGGCGGUUAAUUUGUGUUGUGACAAAUGACCACUUUAUCGUAUUUAUUUCAUUCAAAAUCUGAAAAUCAUUCGGUAUUUGUACUUCUUUAUUCAUUAUGUCAUUCGAAACUCCCUUAUUACAUACUUUCAACACGUUGCCACCUUGGUGACCUUUAUUUUCUUUGAAUAAAGUGAUAGUAAGUGGAAUAUUUUUUCGGCAUGAGAUUUGGAUAAUGUAUAAAUUCCAAAGUUGCCUUCUACUGUAUAUACGUACAGUAUACUGUGCAGGGAGUUAAAUGUGCUUGAGUGAAUAACGGGGAGAGGAAAUAGUGUGUUCGUGUGAAUAAUUCUGUAAAUAGCCAUGAAUAAACACUGCUACUGUCUUA